AUGGCCGCUAAAUACUUGGGUCAAAUAAAAGUCGACCUCACCAUGUUGCCUAUUCAUCCAGGGCCCCAUUUAAAUAGCGAACAUUGCUUGGAUGAUCGCUCUACAGCGCAGGCACGAGUGCAAAUGCAAGUCGUUUCUCAAUUGGAAAUGCACCUGCAAAAGGAACGUGACCGUUUGCAAGCUAUGAUGCAUCACCUUUAUUUGAUUAAACAAUUCCUUUCACCUGAAAACCGUCAAAUUAAGGAAGCAGCAGCUGAAGCUCAUUUUAAAAAUUCCAUGACUAUGAGUGCAACAUCAAGUAUUACAACGCCUGCCACGAUUAGCCCCAUGCCUUCGUCGAAUAUGAAUUCAUCCAAUACAGCAACCAAUAGAAAGCGUGUUGGUGAAAAAGCAUCUUUAUCUUUAACGGGUGGUUUAUCCUAUAUGCUAGAACGUGCCGGUCUAGACGUACAGCAAGAAAUACAAAGGAAUCGCGAAUUUUACAAGAAUGCUGACGUUCGACCACCUUUUACUUAUGCUUCCCUCAUAAGACAGUCUAUCAUCGAAUCUCCGGAUAAGCAGUUAACUCUUAAUGAAAUCUACAACUGGUUUCAAAAUACGUUUUGUUAUUUUCGACGCAAUGCUGCAACUUGGAAGAAUGCCAUUCGCACAAAUUUGUCAUUGCACAAGUGCUUUGUGCGCUACGAGGAUGACUUUGGCUCCUUCUGGAUGGUAGAUGACAGUGAAUUUGUUAAACGGCGUCACUUGUCACGAGGCCGUCCACGCAAAUAUGAGCCAUCUUCAUCGCCCAACUCUAAUUCCCAACAGCUUACUAACAGCGUCGCUGAAUCGGACUUUGGUGGUGGCGGCAUUGUUGGUAAGGAAUCCAAUGAAAACAUUAGCAUUGCUGCUGACUCCUACAAACGUGCAGGAGACAGCAGCAGUCAUUAUAAUUCACCUGGCCAUCAAAGAAGCUAUCAUAACGGUAGAAGUAACAAGUUGAUUAAUGGCGGUAACGAUGACUUUGAUAUCUGCGAGGGCAGCCAAAGAACUCCAAUUAACGAAUCUCAAAAACAAUUAAGUAGCAAGACAUCUCAAAAUAGCAGCAGUAGGCGUACCCAUGCCGGUGGUGAUGCAAACAUUCCGAUCAUUGAGAAUGCUAAAAAGCAAUGCACCAGUCGUAGCAAUUAUAAUAAUAGCUGCAGUCACAUCGGCAGCGGCAGGGGCGUUGGAAAAGAAACCAUCAAAAAUGGUAGGCGCAUUAACACGCCCGACUUGACAUCUGCUGUUACCAUUAACGGCCCUAGCGUCUGCGCUGGUGUCGAUUGUGCUACUGGCACUAAUAUAGGCGUUGGUUGUAUCGGUGGUAUUGGUUUUGGCUCUGGCGAACAUUCUGAUAUUGAUCUUUUAAAAGCUUCAUUUAAUGUUGGACCCACGGUCGUAGACGCUAGCGAUGCCAAUUUUCUUUAUAUUCCUAGCGAGUGUCGUACGCAGUAA